ACGUUUAAUUAAAAAUAAACAUUGAAUUGUAUCUACUUCCGAAUAUUUUUUUUUUUGAAAUGUAAAAUUUAUAAAAGUUAUUUAUUAUUUUUAUCAUUAUCCCUCAAAAUAAAUAAACAAUAAUUAUAAUAAUCAUAGUGAAAGUGAAUUAUAUUAUCAUAUACUAUACAGACUUUGGUAACUUUUACUUUUGAUACUGACAAGACAGUCGUAAAAUGACAUUAUUAAUAGCCAACUUUGACUUUAGGCUAAGGCUAAGGCUACAAGACUAGAGUCUAGAGUUAAACUUUAACUUAAAGUUCAGGAUUUUCGUUUGGAUGUAAGUGUAAGCAGAUCACUGGUUAUGCAUAAGCUAAACCUAGUGAAGUAUUAAUACAUAUACAAUUAUAUUUUUGAACCAACAUUAGGUACUUUGACACAAAUUUUAAAUAUUGUCCAAUAGCCACAAAUGAUACACCAUUUUAAAGGGCUCCCUAUAUAUAAGCUUUGCAAAAACACCAAUUUCAUCUUUCUAUCUUUUAUGGAAAAAAAGUUAUGAUUUUUUUGGUGAAUUUUUUAACCCCCUUUAUUUAUCUUUGUAUUUAACGAAAAAAACUUGUUACCAACUUUCCACAUUUCUGCUUUAUUUUGUCCACAACUUUUUUAUUUUAAAAGAUAAUGCUACCAAAUUUUCAGGAGACAUUCUCAAUGCAAUAUACAACACAAUAAACAACAAAACUUUUAUAUAACUGCCAACAUUGAAAAUUGAUAAAUUGAUUUUCUGCACAUUCCAGUUUAUUAAUAAUAAAGUAAUUUUAAUGAGCUAAUUCAGUUAAAUUAAUGAGUAAUUUUCAUUGUAUUCAUUAACAUUAAGAAUAGGAAUUUAAGAAAGUAUGCAUGGUUGCCCUCCCUCUCCCCAUUCUCUCUAUCUCAGUCUUCCCACACUCUCCUUUUUCCUCAACUGACUUCAACAGCAGACAGUUUUAAUCCUCCUCACAACUAAUUUACUUUUAGACUCUCUCAUAUCUCUAUCUAUACAACUAUACAGUAUAUAGUAGGCCUAUACUUUAAAAAAGUAAAUACGCAGUAUAUGUAUGUGAAUAUGUAUGACUAUGAGUAUUAUGACUAUGUUGUAUCAUAGAAAGAAACACAGAUCAAAUAAAUCAUUUAUUUGGUGUAUACUAUUUUAUAUUAAUAUUUUAACUAAUUUUUCAACAUCACUUUCAAUAUACAUUUUUUAAGCUAAAAAAUUGCUCUGAUUCAAAAGAAAUUUAUUGCAGCAACCAAAAAUACUUUAUAAAACACAACAGCAGCUUUGUAACUGCAGUAUACCUAUUAUGUUUUCUGUUGAGAGGGAGGAAGUGGUUGGAUGAGCAGGAUAUUCUGUUUUAUAUGUCAUUAACCUUAUUUUUUCAUUUUAGACAUGCAUAUUACCACAAUCUAUCCUUUUCAGUUAUUUAUUUGAGAAAUCUAUAUAGUUAAAAAUGGAAUGAAAAAUAACUUGAUGUUUGUGAGUUUUAACUCAAUCUUUUAAAUUUUUAUAUUUUAAAAAAAAGCAUUCGGUUUUCAUAAUCUUGUAAAAAAAAUAAAAGUAAUAUCUAGCAUCUUUAUUUGCAUGAAACUGCAUAGGUCUAAUUGGUGAGCUGUUUAUGUUGGAAAAAGAAGCUUUUGCUUUAAAAUCAUUUCACCAGAAGAUCCCGAACUUGUUUAUUGUCUCUCUUAAGUAAUCUGAAAAAUAUUUAUAUGCUACAAUCUCUAUAAGCAUAUAUUUAUAAAUGGACUGGUUAUCUGUGCAUGUAAUGUUUUUUUGCACAGUGCAUCAAUUUGUUAUAAUAAGUACAAUAUGAUGUACUACAGUUUAAGUAGUGCUGACUUACAUUAUUCUUUUAAAUAUGUAUUGGUAACAUGUUAUGUUUCUUCUAAUGUUUUAUCUUUUACUAUAAUUAUAAUCAACUCCAAUCUGUGCUAUCAUUGACAAAAAUUAAAGAAAAAUGUCUUUAUUUGAAAUAAGAUAAAUAAAGCUUGACAUGAAAAGCUCAUAAAACACACUUACUCUAAUUUAGUUUACUCAUGAUAAUCACUGAUUUAUAAUUUUUUCAUCUAGAUGAUGCAUACUAUUAGAUAAUUUUUGAACUUUACUAAAUGAUAAAUGGAUAUUUAUCAAAUAUUUGAUGUAAUGUUUUUGUUAUUUUCCUUAUUUAUAUUUUUUAAAAUUAAUUUUUAUUUUAAAUUAAUACAUUUACACUGCAUUAACUUUAAGAGGUAUCAACUAGAUUCUACUUUCUAUUAUUUAUGAUUCCUUUAAGUUGGGUGGCCAACCCAAAUAGCACCUGGGGCCAUUUAAACUCUUUCAUCCUGCAUGUCAUUAGACCUCAUACAUAAAAAAAACAACUAAUUUUUAUAUAAUUUUAUUUCACAUACUUGAUUACACAUUUAGAUGUGUUGCACAAACACAUUAAUAAAUUGUUUCGAUACUAAAUUUUAAAGAAAAUUAAAUCAUAAUUCAUUAAUAUCAAAUGUAUGGCUAUAACAAAAAUGAAAAUAAUCAAAAUAAAGAAAUAUGUGAUACGAAUACCAUCUGUAGAGCAAAAAAUUUAUUAUAUUGGGCCUACCAUGGUUUAAUUUACUGAUAUAUCUUUCAAAUACUGUUUUUUUAUUUUUUAAAAUUAAAAUUGUAUUUCCUCACUUUCAAGUAAAUGUAGCAAAAUCAGCUUUGGAUUUAAAAUCUCGAUGCAAAUAUUAGUUAGUUUUUUUUGUGUUAAAAUUUUAGAGUUUUAUAAAGCUGCAAGAACUAUUGAAAUGCCCUGCUUUUUUGUUUUUGUUUUUUUUACUGGAUCACAGUCUGAUAAAAAAAAAAUUUUUAUUUGUCAAUUUAAAGCAAACUUGUAGCCAAUUGAGGUAGGAAAAAUAUUAAGAAAAUAUUCACUGAUCAUCAUGGAUGGCCUACCAUAGUUUACAUUUACCUCCCUAGUGUAAAGUAUCUACUGUUUCACUUAUAAGCUUAAUUCUAAAUUUACUAUUUACCCAAUACACUGUAAGCCAAGCAUAUCAUUACAAUUAACUCAGCUUUACAGUUUACACUGUUCUCUCCCAUGUAUGACACCUGCCAUCUACCAAACUUUAGGAAUGAACAGGACAUACUUUUUAGUCUUCUACAUAAAGAGCACAAUUUUUUGUAUUGCUAUAUAAUAAGUUCACUGCAAAUAAAUGAGGCAAGGUCAUAAAUCUGACAAGACCCCCAGCAUUGUUAUGAUAAAAAUAAAUCUAAAUCUAUUCAAUCAAAAACGUGGAAUUUAAAAAAAAAAUAAUAAUAAAUUUAAAGAUCAACUCUACAUUGUUUUGUCAAUGGAUUGAUGCUUUGUAACAACCAAAUGUGAGCAAACGUUUAAUACUUAAAAUAAACUACAUAUUAAGUUAACGCGUUUUUGAAAAGACUGUGUGCUUUACUUUGUCCAAAAAAAAAAACCUCAUCUAAAAAUCUUAUAGAUUCAGAAUAUUUUUAAUUCUAUGAGGAAAAAUGUAAUUAUCAUUUAACUUCAAUACCUUUCAUUUCUUUUUUUUUUAAGAAUGGCUUCACGAAGAUAACAUCAUAUCUGGCAUCUUGACAAAAACAACAACUUUUCCAGCAUAUUAUUUUUUCUUAGAGAUGUUCAGCUAUGUUCAUCUGACAUUUUUUCUGGAGUUUCUUCUUGUCUAUGGUAAGUGUUUAAAAAAAGAAAAACAUGGUUUAAUUUGAUUAUUGGGAUGAGUUGCUACAAUGAUCAAAAUAAUAAUUGUAACUUUUUUCUAAACAAAAAUUCCUUCAUACUUUACAUAGAAUGAAAAGUCUCUGUAUGUGUAAGCUUUCUGUAUGGCGUUCAUGUGCAGAUUUAGGUUAAGUUUUCUUUAAUAAUACAGUAUUGCAUCACUUUUUCAUAUGCUGAUAACCAAAUGACCCCUUUUUAAUUUUUAUUAUUUUUGUAUACUUCGCAAUGUGUACUGCGCAAUGGGUACUGCGCAAUGUUUACAGUGUUGAAUUAUAUUUUUUAAAAGAUUUAAUGAAAAUAUAUUGAUAGAAAAAGUGAAACAAAAUAACUUCUAUUUUGUUGACACCAGGGGUCAAGGCCUAGCAAAAAAAUGCAUUUGGAACUCACCGAAGAUCCCCACUCCCAAAAUAAAUAUGUAUUUUUUGGUAGAAAGUAAAAAAAACAAGGUCGCCAUUACCAUGAAAACCAACAGAUACUUAAUAUAAAAAUAUAGAUUCAGCAACUUCAAGCUUGACAAUUUCAAUAAAAUGCAAAGAACUCUGAUUGUUUUAAGUCAUCCUGCUCCCCCAGACCAUGGGGUCCGCUUUUUAAUGUAAAAUAGAAGAUAUUGAAUUGAUUUUUUUUAAUGCAAAAGAUGUUCCUCUCCAAAAGUAGAUUCUGGGCUCUUAGAAUAAAAUAUCUCAAUUAUUCUUUGUAGGCAUGCUUUCUGUGAUACAUAUUAAUUAUCAAGUUUCCAGAUUGCAUUAACCCAGUCUGGUGACUUUAUGUAGCCUACAGUAAGUAUCAAGAUUUUACUUUAAUUGUGCAACAGUGAUCGGAAUAGUUCUCAGUGUUUGUGCUCAUAAAUUCCAAGCCAUGAACACUGCGAACUAUAAAAUGGGGCAUUCGGAUAACCAAUGUUUCACAUAAUGGGCAUUUAGAAGACUGACUGACUCCACUUUUCUAUUUCACAAAACUGAACAAAUAAUUUUUGAUACGAAAUAAGGUGCAGAAAUUAUACCUCUACUGAGAAUUUUCAUACGCAAUAAAUGAAGUUACAACUAUCCUCAGUUAUGGGUGUAAAAACAACUUGACCAUAAUAUCGAUAAUAGAUAAAUAUGUCUUAUUUUUAAAUUUGCCCACCUUGCAAUAAAAAAAAUUCAAAUUUAAAAUUGUACUUAUGCAUUUAGACAGUUUAUUUUGUUUAAAAGAAGAUAAUAUAUAGCUUUGUCAUGGACAUAUUUGUUGUUCAAAUGUAUUUCAACAUUCAAAUUGUGCAAGCAUUUUGUAAAUUUAGUUUUAUUGCAUUUUGUUACAGGUUGCAUAUGUUUCUUUAAGAAAGACCAAAAGACAUAAUCAAACAUAUCUUGCUUAAAAUUACGAGAUUAUUUGUUAGUCUUAACACUUUAAAUAUCACAAGAGAUAAAUUAAAAUUAUUUUUAAUGUAUGUAUACUUAACAAUCAAUAGCUUUUACGUAAAAAAAAAAGAUUGUAUUAAAAUUUACAAUUACAAAAAUACUAAAGAAUAAUCAAUAUUAAACAAGCCAUUCAGAAAAUGAAACCAUAAAAAAUAUUAUUCUUUUAAAAUUAAUAACAAAAAAAUAUAUAUAGAACCUGUUGCAUAAACCUUUAAGUAUGCCAUUUAAACAGAGCUCUUUUUAAAUGGCACACUUAAAGAUUUAUGCAACAUUUUCUAUAAUAUAUUAUUUUAUUUUUAAUUAAAAAAAAUAUAUAUUUUUUUUGGCUUCAUUUUAUGAAUGGCUUGUUUGUUAUAUAGAAAUUAAUAAGACAAUUUGAAUUUUGCAGGUUCAGCCGAUGAUAAUGUAAAAUUACAGAUUAAUGGUCAAGAAGUGGCAUCCGAUGAAUGUCUUUAUGAAACUAUCAGUGACACGAAUUUAACUUUAGCAUUUUCCUGUGGCACUGAGUCAAAGCAAUGUCUGAUAACGAUAAAGGUUAACGAUUCCUUCGUGUUCAACAAAAGUAAAAGUCCUGUAGUGUUCAGCAUGACCACACAUCAUGGAUCUGAGUCACAGUUUACCAUUGCGUAUACAGAUACAAGCAUGUCUGGGCAUCACAAAUAUGUCAACUGUCUAGUAAAAACAGGUAUUUUACGUUUCAAUAUACAUUUGGAUUGUUAGUUGAAAAGAUAGCCAAAUUUUGUGUUGAAGCAAUUGCAUUUUCAAAUUAUAUUAAAGGCUAUAAAAAAAUAAAAAAAUAUAUAUACAUAUCCUUUUUUUCAAACCAGUUAGAACGGGGCCAUCCAUUAAAUUGUUCAAACUAAUUUUUUACUAUUUCCCCCCCUCCCUCUCCUGUCACAACUCAUUAUGAAUCUUGUUGGGGGUGGGACUAGACCACUCCCCCUCCCCCCGCCCCUCCAAGUAUGUCAUCAGCAUAUGUAGGUUACUGAAGGGAUUGUUUGUAGAUUGCCUAUUGUUUGUGGGUCUUCGAUCUCCCACAGAAAGAGUGCCGGAUAUUGUUCCUCUGGUGUCAAUAUGUAUGUUUUAUAAUUAUAAUAAAGGUGUUUCAUUUUGUGCCUUUUGCGGCUUAUAAAAAUAUGUAUACAUAUAUAUAUAUAUAUAUAUAUAUAUAUCUAUAUAUAGAUAUAGAUAUAUAUAUAUAUAUAUAUAUAUAAUAUAUAUAUAUAUAUAUAUAUAUAUAUAUAUAUAUAUAUAUUUAUAUAUAUAUAUAUAUAUAUAUAUAUAUAUAUAUAUAUCUAUAUAUAGAUAUAGAUAUAUAUAUAUAUAUAUAUAUAUAAUAGAUAUAUAUAUAUAUAUAUAGAUAUAUAUAUACAUACAUUCAUACAUACAUACAUAUAUACAGUGAGAAGCCUUUGAAGAAACCUUUGAAACCUUCAUGAAUAAAAAAGAAAUAUUUGAAAAAAUUUAAUUAAAUUUAAAAAAAUGCCACUGCAUAUAACUUGUGUCUAGAAAAAGGAAAAUUUUCAAUGAUGAAAAGCACUAGUAAAGAUUCAUCAAGUUUAAAAAUCCAAUCCAUUUUAUCCCUAACAUACUUAUACAAAAUAAUGAACUGUCCUUGAUACUUUUAAACAUUUUGUUAUGAUUCAAAUGAGUUUUGAAAUUUUUAAAAAAGUGGAUAAUGUUUAACAUUUGUUUACUUCAUCAUAAAGAAGGUUCCCGUUUGUUCCGGACACAUUGUAUAUUUACAUACAAUUAUAUAUUCUCUUCUCUCCCCUAGAAAUAAAGGAAACAAAAGAUGGAGAGGCAGAUUUCUUAUACAAAUCAACCAAAGAAAACCAACUCUCGACCACCCAGGAUGAUUCAAAUUCAGAUCUGAACAAAUCAAUACUUACUAUCGGGCUAGGAUUUUGUGGAGCUUCAGCGGCUAUUAUUAUUGUUGGUUGUGCAAUGUACGUUCAAAAUGCAAAUGUAUUUUAAUGUCACUCACUGCCCACUUAAUUACAUUUUUAAACUUAAACUGCCAUUACUGUUGCAUUAUUUAAAUUUAAAGCUUUAGUAUGUUUUGAGCAUAGGACUUAUGUCAGUUUUGUUCCUUUUUUCUUACAGUUUCAUAAAAUAUAUAUAUUUUUUUUUUCCUCAUUAUCAUGGAUUUGGGUUAAUAUAUUUUUUUUAUUUUUUUAUUUUUCAGAUUCAUUCUUAGAAGUCGUGGUUCUCUCUAUUAUGAGUAUAAGGUAUGAACCAAGCCCUUUAAAGAUUACAUAGUUAAAUGAAAUGCUAUGUUUUUUCAAGAAUUAUAUGCAGAUGGUAAUCUUCCAACCAGCGGUUAUCAAUAUAUAGGCUCAUAUGUAUUUUUAGUUUGCAAUACAUUAUGAAAGAUGAAAAAUUAGUAAGAAGAAUUCAGAAGAAAGCUUUAAUAAUAAGUUCAAAAAGACUCUGCAAUGGAAGUAAAAAAUAUAGAUUGAAAGACGGCAACUAACUGAACCAUUUAGUUAUAAUAUCCUGUCUUUUAAGCCUCAAACGAAUCCUGUUGCAGUAUUCCUGAAGCACAUUAGGCUUUGUUUAGUAUUAAUUAGUUGGGUAAACAGAUAAUAUUUUUCUUCGAAAUCAUUUAUGGUUCACAUUAUUUUUAUAAAAUUUUUCAAGAGUUACAGCAAACUCAUAUGCACCACCUUGUUCUUCAACGAUAUCCUCAAAUUUGAAAAAUUCUCUUUGAUUGAUUUAGCUUCCUUCAAAUGACAACUGUCUAUCAUCAUUCUGUCACUGUGCUGCAUGUUAACAUUAAAGCCAUCAAGGAAGCUAUUAUAGUUUUAAAAUAUUUAUUAAUCUGCUGAUAAUUGAUAACAUUAGUAAGAUACCAUUUUAUCAAAAUUUUGUUUUCCUGAGGUGUGUUAUACAUUGUGUCUGACUGAUUCUUCAACAUAUAUGUAUAUAAAAUACAUACAAUAUAGCAUAUAUACAUUAUUACAACUGCAUGCCUUUGUUUACAUGUUUGUGUAUUUGAGCAUGUACUAUUAUUAUAUGCAUUUUUGUGUAUUGCAGAUUAAGCCAAAGAAAGGGGAAAAACGUGUCAAUGGAAUGUCCAAUCUUUGGGAAAAGGAUUCAUUGGGAAUACAUAGGCCACCAGCUCACAUGAAUACAGUUAUAUCGACAACAGAUGAUGAUGACCUUUGUUCGGAAAUACAAGAUGCGGAAUGCGCAAUUCAAGACAAGUCGGUAAAUGAAUCUGAAAAGAGCAAAAGCUGUCAAUAUCUUUAAAGAAAACAUUAAGGAAAAAAAAAAUGAUAUCAUUUUGAUGACCUCAAAUUACAGAUCAAAAUUAAAAAAUUGAACUUUAGGUCUAUCAUGAAAUAUGUAAUUUGCAAAUGCAAAAUGAAAUAUGGUAAAUGACACUUAUAUUAUUAGAGUUAAAUGGCAUAUUUUGGUUCCAGGUUUUGAAAGCUACAUUAUGGAAGCAAUGUAUAUUAUGUAUAUGCACUCGGCAUACAAAAAAAAAUAUAUUUUUUUUAAAGCUUUUCAUGCUAACCUUUUUCUAUAAGAUGCUUUUCAAACACGGUAUCUAAACUGAGUUUAUGCUUAGUUUACCAGUUGUAGAUAAAAUUGAUCUUUUUGUUUUUAAAGUGGUCUAACAAAAUAAUACAGAUACUCUUACCCUUAUAAUAAACAAUGGAACAAGUAACUAUACGCACAAAGAAACAGCUUUAUUCAUGUGGGCUAUUCCGGUUAUAUUUCUAUAAGAUGGAGUCUUAUGCAUCAUGGGAUUUAGUACAAGUGUAUAAACAGAAUGCUUCCAAUUUUACGUGCCAAUUUUUACGGUCAAAGCUUGGGAUAACGUGUAUACAUAUAAACAUAUACCUAUAAAAUGUUUUUAAAAAAUUUACUGUGGAAAAAAAAAUGUCUUUAAAAAUAAAAUCUCUAUUAAAACACAUAUUAUACCAAACCUGUGAUGUGCACUGUGCAAUAAAAUUGAAUAAAUUAUUUAAAAUGUUACAUAACUUUUUGUUUGUCUUGAAAUAUUAUUAAAAAAUGAGACAAACUAUCAGCCAUGCAAAUCUAUUUUGUUCAAAUGAAACCUAGUUGAAGUUGAAACAGUUUAUUUUUCUCCAUCCAAAUGAAUUUAAGUGCUUUACAUAUCUCACUAUGUGGCCUUUUUGUAAGCUUUUAAUGUAUCAGCUUUGGGCUGGUGUGUUCUUGCCUAUGCAUUGUCUAAUCAAUUGCUAUUUUAUGUAUGUUUAUUUAAAUAUGAUUUUAAGUUUAAAAGUAAAAGAUAUGUAUUGUUUUAUUAUGUUUAUGCAUGAGGUAUUUUUCUCAGUAAUGAUUGAUUUAAAGUAUUUUUUACAUAUAUAUUUUAACUACCAGUAUUAUAAGUUAAUAGCAUAACUUAAAGUCAGUAACCUUAAAUUUUUUUACAUAUAUAUUUUAUGUAUUAUUAGUUAAUUAACCUUAAAAGCACAAGUUUUAAGAUAUUUUGAAUUUUAAUUGUUGUCUUAAUAAAACUUGAAUAUACUCCAUCA